AUGUCACAUCUUCCAAAAGGCUCGGCCAUCUAUAAGAAAAAGGAAGGAACUUUGAGCAUUACACCCAACAAGUCUCUUUUGCAAUGGCUGCCUCGAGAUGGAGGAAACACGGUCGCAAUCGCAAUUGGAGAUAUCACUAAUCUUCAGCAGACCCCGGAGACUGCCCCGAAAGUCAUGUUGAAAGUGUUUGAAAAAUCACCUGGUGCUGCCGAGGCAACAACUCAUUUAUUUCAAUUCAACUCGCCAGCUAACCCGCGAGGAGAAGCAAAUGCUAUCAAAGAUGCUUUGACCGCGGUGAUAAAUGCCAUUAAGAUGGCUGAUUCCAACACACCAAAAGCGAAUGGCAGCACUCCUGUAUCUGCAGCGAUGGCCAUGGCAAGCGCUGUUACUUCAAAGCAUGGCUCGGUGUCCGCCAAAUGGUAUGAUGACAGUGCAUUGAAGGUUGACAUUGAACUCCAGCAGUCACUCAUGAAGAAAGACCCGGCACUGCAUCGUACGUAUAUGGAGGCUUUGCGGACAAAGCCGGAUACCAUAUCAAAUUCUCAGUUCAACUCACAAUUCUGGUCUACCCGAACGAAUAUUCUCAGAGCUCAUGCGGUCGAAUCUAAUCAAAAGCGAGGUUCUUACAACGUCCUUUCGGCUGUGAAACCGCGGCAAGUCGAUGGGGAACUCAAAAUGAACAUCACCCACGAGCAGGUUCAGCUUAUUUUCAGCCAGCAUCCACUGGUCAAGCGAGUCUAUGAUGAGAAUGUUCCCAAGCUCAACGAGAUGGACUUUUGGUCGAGGUUCUUUCUUAGCCGGCUUUUCAAGAAGUUGAAAGGAGAAAGGAUAGUAACAACAGAUUCAACUGACCCUACGUUCGAUCGAUAUCUAGAUGCAGCAAAUAACAACGGUCCCGAUGCGAAACUUCUUGGCUUACACAUCCCACACUUUAUUGAUCUCGAAGGCAAUGAAGAAAAUCAGGGUGGUAAUAAGGGGGGUAACCGAGCAGAUUUCACUAUGAGACCCGGUGGCAUAGACAAAGUGCCCAUCGUACGAACACUCAACAGUCUUAGCGAAAAGAUCAUGGCACACGUCGCUCCAUCGGACAUCGAUCCAGCCAAUCCUAUCGGGAUGGACGAAGAAACCUUCAAUACUCUGGCCCUGCGCGAUUUGCAAGGAGAUUCCGCGGAGAAUCGUAUCAUACUCAAUAUCAAAGAGCAAAGCCAAUUCUUUGCGAACGAGAAAACCGAAGUUUCCGCUGAUGCAGCGCUGUAUUCUAAACAAGUACCCGCUGAAGUCUUGUCAGGAAUGCGUUCAGACGUAGACCCCCGAGCAAUGGGUCAAAGAGAUGGGAGAGGGCUAGACCUUAGCUCUGCUAUAGGAGUGAUUGAAGACAGCGAUCCGGAAGACGAACCUGAGACCAAAACUCCCCAUGUUGGAAGUAAGCUCAGCAUGAAAAAUGCCACUCAACAAAUCAUGGAAGGAGUCAAAGCUCGUCGAUUGGAGACGGAUGGAUUUGACGCACAAUCAUCUCUUUCUGGUCUAUCUCAGAGAAUGUUUGAAAGAAUCACAUUGACUCACGCGACGACGACGGAAUUUCUGCAUCACUUCUGGCUUGUAUUUCUCUCGGGUGACCCGGACCGUGCCGGAGAACUAGCCAAAAUGGUCGAGACAUUAGAACGCGCUAUGGAUCGAAUAAAUGCUGUGGCUAAUGAAGCUGAGGCUGAAAGAGAAGAGCUCAUUAGUAAAAAGCGAAAACAUAUCAGAGAUGUUUUUGAAAAGACUGGGAAGAAGCUCAAGUUCAAUCCAACUUCGGUGGAAGGCGGAAAGAAGACUGUAAUAGAGAUGAUGGAGCCAACCAUUAGAACAUUGCAAAAGGCCACUGCGGAGUAUAAACGGGCUUUGCAGGCAGAAGGUGUAGAGGUAUCAUGA